AUGGGCGUGGGGGUGGGCGCGGUGUCGCCGGCGUUGGUGAGGUUCAAGAGGAGCUGGGAGACGUUUGUGGAUUCGUUGAUCAAGGAGUGGAAGACGUUUAAUUUGGUUUCUGCGUUAUUGCUAUCCGCUAUCCUGACAAUGUUCCAAAUCCCAACCGCCGCGGUCGACACCGUCGUCCGCACGCCCGCACUGUUGAGCAUGGUCUGUGCGCUGAUGAGUCUUUGUUACGGGUGUGUGUAUAUCGUCAGAUUCGGGACGAUGAGAGGGAUGGGCAGGGCCAGUCGGUGGGCGGAGGUGCGUGCUUUCUUUUUAUCACCCCAUUUCCCCCCCGCAUCUCUCAUCCCAAUUCCCCUUGUUUGCCACCCCACCCACAGGAGGCCCAAAAAACAAAAACCUCCAUCCUCUGGAACGUCUGGGUCCUCCUCGCCGCGCCCGCGAUCUGGCUCGCGUGGUCCAUGA